CAGACCCGGUUGCGCGUAGGCCCCUCGGCUGCUUCCUCCCGAGGUCCUACGACCCCCGGCCUGGAGGGAGGCAGGCGAGGUUGGGGACAGUGGCGGCAGGAGCUCGGGGCGGCCGUGGGGGGCGGCCAAUGAUCGGCCCCUCUCGGAGCUCCACUUUUACAAGAGGCGCCCCAGCAAGGCUCUCCGGGGGAGUCCGCCAGCCGCUCACCUCCAUGGGCCAGACGGCCCUGGCGGGGGGCGGCAGCUGCACCCCCGCCCCGCAGGCCCUCUGCCCUGACCUCUCUCGUCCCGAGGGCUUGGAGGAGCUCCUGUCGGCUCCUGCUCUUGACCUGGGGGCCCAGAGGCGCCACGGCUGGAAUCCCAAGGACUGCUCCGAGAACAUUGUGGUCAAGGAAGGGGGGCUGUGCUUUGAGCGGCGGCCCGUGGCUCAGAGCACGGAUGGGGUCCGGGGAAAGAGGGGCUACUCGCGGGGCCUGCACGCCUGGGAGAUCAGCUGGCCCCGGGAGCAGAGGGGCACCCACGCCGUGGUGGGGGUCGCCACGGCCCGCGCCCCGCUGCAGGCUGACUACUAUGCGGCGCUGCUGGGCAGCAACAGCGAGUCAUGGGGCUGGGACGUCGGGCGAGGGAAGCUGUACCAUCAGAGCAAGGGGCCCGACGCUCCCCGGUAUCCGGCUAGGCCUCAGGGUGAGCAGCUGGCGGUGCCGGAGAGGCUGCUGGUGGUUCUGGACAUGGAGGAGGGAACUCUGGGCUACGCUGUUGGGAGCACCUACCUGGGGCCAGCCUUCCGCGGACUGAAGGGCAGGACCCUCUAUCCCGCUGUAAGUGCUGUCUGGGGCCAGUGCCAGGUCCGAAUCCGCUACCUGGGCGAAAGGAGAGCGGAACCACACUCCCUUCUGCACCUGAGCCGCCUGUGUGUGCGCCACACCCUGGGGGACACCCGGCUAGGGCAGGUGUCUGCUCUGCCCUUGCCCCCUGCCAUGAAGCGUUAUCUGCUGUACCAGUGACCCUGUGACGCCACCACCCUUACCCCAGACCUACUAAAAGCCAAGUGAGGCUGGCCUCCUUCUGCAGCAGGAGCUCUGGCAGCUCAGCAGGACCACAGGCCCAGAGAGAGGAUAUUCCAGCCUGGUACACGAGACAUUUUUUAAAGUAAAAAUGAGAGAUAAAUGUUAAAGAUAAAAGAAAUAGUUUAAGAGAUGUGUUGUUAUAGAACCCUA